AACUCGACUGCCAAAUCAUACAACUCUUGGAAAUAAUCACUGGUGUACGUAACCUAGAAGAAAACAAUGGAAAAAUUAGAUAUAAUUGUUAGGAUUUAAACCUUUGCUGUGUGCUUUAAACUUAGAUCAAAAGCUCUCUUCGUUUGCUUUCUUCUCCGGUUUAUAAUUUGAUUAUUUGGUUUUCUCUUGACCGGAUAUUUUCUGGUAUAAACUUAUGAGAAACGAACCGAACCACAAAAAAACAUGAAAUGCAACCGACUCCAGAGCUCAUCCGAACCAUAGCCAACCGCUACGCCGCGAACCUCACCCUCUGUUUCCCUCUCCGACGAGCGUCUCUACAACUCGCACGUGCCAUCCACGCCAACAUCAUCACCUUCGGGUUCCAUCCACGCGCCCACAUCCUCAACCGUCUGAUCGAUGUCUACUGCAAAUCGUCGGAGCUCGCUUACGCGCGCCACCUGUUCGACGAAAUCCCCGAACCGGACAGAAUCGCCAGAACCACCAUGGUCUCCGGUUACUCCGCCUCCGGUGAGAUCCCCCUCGCUCGAAAUAUCUUCGACGAGACUCCACUGACCAUGCGGGACACCGUGAUGUACAACGCGAUGAUCACCGGCCUCGCGCACGCCCGCGACGGCUACUCCGCCGCGAGCACGUUUCUCGAGAUGAAGCGCGGAGGGUUCAGACCGGAUAACUUCACUUUCGCCAGCGUUCUCUCCGGAUUGGCCAACGUGGCGGAAGAGGAGAGAGAUUGCGUGCGGCAGUUUCACGCCGCGGCGGUUAAGUCCGGAGCUUGUUCCGUCACUUCGGUUACGAACGCUCUGGUCUCUGUGUAUUCAAAGUUUGAUCUUUUACAGUCAGCGAGGAGAGUGUUCGAUGAGAUCAGUGAUAAAGACGAGAGGACGUGGACGAGUAUGAUGACUGGUUAUGUUAAAAACGGUUUCUUUGAUUCCGGGGUAGAGUUGCUCGAAGGGAUGAUGGACGAAAGGAUGAAGCUUGUUGCGUUUAACGCUUUGAUCUCUGGUUAUGUUCAUGGAGGGUUGUGUCGAGAGGCGUUGGAGAUGGUUAGGAGGAUGGUUUCGUGUGGGAUCGAGCUCGAUGCGUUUACGUAUCCUAGCGUUUUGAGAGCGUGUGCUACUUCCGGGUUGCUUCAGGUGGGGAAGCAAGUUCACGGUUAUGCGUUGAGAAGAGGGGAGUUCUCGUUUCAUCUCGACAACUCUCUGGUUUCGUUGUACUAUAAAUGCGGUAGGUUUGAUGAGGCGAGAGCCGUUUUCGAUAGAAUGGAGGAGAAGGACUUGGUUUCUUGGAACGCUUUGUUGUCGGGGUAUGUUAGCUCUGGGCAUAUUGGUGAGGCGAAGUCGCUUUUCAAGGAGAUGGGAGAGAAGAAGAACAUGUUGACGUGGAUGAUAAUGAUCUCGGGGUUAGCUGAUAACGGGUUUGGAGAAGAAGGUUUGAGGCUGUUUGCUUGUAUGAGGAAAGAAGGUUUCGAGCCUUGCGAUUACGCCUUCUCCGGUGCGAUCAAGUCGUGCGCUGUACUAGGAGGUUACUGCAACGGGCAGCAGUUCCACGCUCAGCUGGUGAAGAUAGGGUUUGACUGCAGCCUCUCUGCUGCAAACGCGCUUAUUACGAUGUACGCGAGAUGCGGGGUUGUGGAGGAAGCUCGGCGGGUGUUUAGGACAAUGUCUUGUAAGGACUCUGUUUCUUGGAAUGCUUUGAUCGCUGCGCUGGGACAGCACGGGCACGGUGCCGAAGCGGUGGAUGUGUAUGAGGAGAUGUUGAAGGAAGGGAUAAAGCCGGAUAGGAUUACGUUUCUUACGGUUUUGACUGCGUGUAGCCACGCUGGUUUAGUGGACCAGGGAAGGAGGUAUUUUGAUUCGAUGGAGAGUGUUUACUGUAUACCUCCAGGUGCUGAUCAUUACUCAAGGCUGAUAGAUUUGCUCUGUCGGUCUGGGAGAUUCUCUGAAGCGGAAAGCGUGAUAAAAUCAUUACCUUUUGAACCUACUGCACAGAUAUGGGAAGCUCUUCUCUCGGGUUGUAGAGUCUAUGGAAACAUGGAGCUAGGGAUCGUAGCUGCAGAGAAACUCUUUGAACUCAUACCGGAACAUGAUGGGACCUACAUGCUCUUGUCGAACAUGUACGCAGCUACUGGAAAGUGGGAGGAAGCGGCAAGGGUGCGUAAACUGAUGCGCGAUCGAGGAGUUAAAAAGGAACUGGCUUGUAGCUGGAUAGAGGUGGAGACACAAGUGCAUAAAUUUCUGGUGGAUGAUACCUCGCAUCCAGAGGCAGAGGCUGUUUACAGCUAUCUUCAAGAGCUGGGGAAAGAGAUGAGGAGACUCGGGUACGUGCCGGAUACGAACUUCGUGUUGCACGACGUGGAGUCUGAUGGUCACAAGCAAGAUAUGUUGAUUACACAUAGCGAGAAGAUUGCGGUUGCGUUUGGGUUGAUGAAACUUCCUCCGAGAAGAGCUAUUAGGGUGUUCAAGAACUUAAGGACUUGUGGUGAUUGUCAUAACUUCUUUGUGUAUUUGUCGCGUGUGGUGCAGCGUGACAUUGUCUUGAGAGACAGAAAGAGGUUUCAUCAUUUCCGGAAUGGUGAGUGCUCCUGUGGUAACUUCUGGUAGGGAAGGGCUUUUGCUUUUGUUACCAAUUCAUAACUUCAUUCUUACAUUUUUGUUCAUCGUUAUUAAUUCUUACAUCUGAAGAAAAUUGAGAAGAGUAUGUUGCUCUAAGCCUCUAGACAAUUCCAUCUUUGUUGAGUUCAAAGAGCAGGUCUCCAUCUGGUACAGUUUACCUUUCUUGGGCAUUAGGACUUAGAUGGUUUAUUAAGACACCAUAGAUGGUUUAUCUAUUGGUUAUAUGAUACAUUCGAGUUUCAUUGUU